GUGGCCGUGCGCUAGGCGGCAGUAGCGGGCGCGGCGCGGGGUGCGGCCGCCGCGCGGUCGCUCUUGGCGGGUUGGACCGGCCGGGGCGGGCCGGGGCGGGGCGCGGCGCUAGGGCUCCUCGCGGUCAGAGUCGCUGAUCUCGGCGAGCAGACCAGGAUGGCGGCGGCCGCGGCUUCGGGAGAGGCGCGCCGGGUGCUGGUGUACGGCGGCAGGGGCGCCCUGGGCUCACGAUGCGUGCAGACCUUCCGGGCCCGGGACUGGUGGGUGGCCAGCAUCGACGUGGUGGAGAACGAAGAGGCCAAUGCCAGUGUUGUCGUCAAAAUGACAGAUUCCUUCACUGAGCAGGCGGACCAGGUGACUGCGGAGGUGGGAAAGCUCCUGGGAGAAGAGAAGGUGGAUGCGAUUCUCUGUGUGGCUGGAGGAUGGGCCGGAGGCAAUGCCAAGUCCAAGUCUCUCUUUAAAAACUGUGACCUCAUGUGGAAGCAGAGCAUGUGGACGUCCACCAUCUCCAGCCACCUGGCCACCAAGCACCUCAAGGAUGGAGGCCUCUUGACGUUGGCUGGAGCCAAGGCAGCCUUGGAUGGGACUCCUGGGAUGAUCGGCUAUGGCAUGGCCAAGGGCGCCGUCCACCAGCUCUGCCAGAGCCUGGCCGGGAGGAACAGUGGCAUGCCGCCCGGGGCCACUGCCAUCGCGGUGCUGCCGGUUACCCUGGAUACGCAGAUGAACAGGAAAUCAAUGCCGGACGCCGACUUCAGCUCCUGGACACCCUUAGAUUUCCUGGUUGACACUUUCCAUGACUGGAUCACAGGGAAAAACCGACCGAGUUCGGGAAGCCUGAUCCAGGUGGUCACCUCGGAGGGAAGGACGGAGCUCACCCCAGCGUACUUCUAAACUUCCGUCAUCCUGUUCGCGGUUCGGGAGAGUGGGUCCUGUUUCCCUCUCACGUGACGUUCACCUGCUUCCCCAGGAUGGUGUACUGUGUUCAUGUAAAACAAAACUCUGUGUGUG